UUUAUCUUGCUCAUUGUCCUUAUGAGUAAUGUUUUUAGUGAAGCGCGCAAUGUGCACAGUGCGCGCGGUGACGGAGAGAGGAAUUCGCUGUCAAGUAUCUUUCACUUGACGCCUGCUAUUGCUAUGCAUCAGACUACAGAUACAAUGUUUUAUCUUAAUGUUGUACUGGUAUUAGUAGCACACAGACAUUGGCCCAUGUAGGCGGAGGUGUCAGCUGUAAUUUCGGUGGAGAACGCUCCCUUAUCCGGUUUUUGACAGCGGGAUUGCCGUCCUUACCUUGAGCGCACCGACUCAGACCAUCUGCUCCGCCAGAACCCGCAGGGGGCCGUGAGAGCACCGGGCCAGCGUGGGCUGUGUAAGCACCGCAGAGAAGAUGAAUAUCCAGGUUCUUCCAGAACACAAGCUCUCCUCGGUGGCCCCGCUGAAACAGUGCAAUGUGGAAAAAAAAGAGGUAGAACUGAUACUGGUGAAGGACCAGAAUGGCGUCCAGUACACCAGUUCCUCCAUCAUUCCCACCCCUGGCCAUCUCGCAGGUCCUCCCGGAUCCGAGGACGAUCGGGAAACUUGGGGCAAGAAAAUAGACUUUCUCCUGUCGGUCAUUGGCUUCGCUGUGGACCUGGCCAAUGUUUGGAGAUUUCCUUAUUUGUGCUACAAAAAUGGAGGAGGUGCGUUUUUGAUCCCCUACAUUCUUUUCUUGGUCAUUGCGGGGAUGCCAUUGUUCUACAUGGAACUUGCCUUGGGCCAGUACAAUAGGGAAGGGGCAGCUACAGUUUGGAAAAUAUGCCCUGUCUUUAAAGGUGUGGGCUACACAGUGAUCCUCAUAGCCCUGUAUGUUGGCUUCUACUACAAUGUCAUCAUUGCCUGGUCCCUCUACUACCUGUUCUCCUCCAUGACCACUGAGCUGCCAUGGCUCAAAUGUGGCAACAGUUGGAACAGUCAGAACUGCACCGACCCCAAAUCCAUCAACGGAUCCCUUCUCGGCAAUGGGACGUCUUACGCCAAGUACAAGAUCACCCCGGCAGCAGAGUACUAUGAACGAGGUGUGCUCCAUCUCCAUGAGAGUAGGGGUAUCCAGGACCUGGGCCUGCCUCGCUGGGAACUGACCUUGUGUCUGGUUGUGGUGGUCUUCAUUCUCUACUUCAGUUUGUGGAAAGGUGUCAAGUCCUCUGGGAAGGUGGUGUACAUCACAGCUACCAUGCCCUAUGUGGUCCUUUUUGUUUUGCUGAUCCGAGGAAUAACUCUACCAGGGUCAAUGGACGGCAUCAGGGCCUACCUCCACAUCGACUUCAAGCGGCUCAACAAUCUAGAGGUGUGGAUUGAUGCCGCCACCCAGAUAUUCUACUCACUAGGAGCAGGAUUUGGGGUGCUCAUUGCAUUUGCCAGUUAUAACAAAUUUGACAACAACUGCUACAGGGAUGCUCUCUUGACCAGCACUGUGAACUGUGUCACCAGUUUCUUCUCAGGGUUUGCCAUCUUCUCUGUGCUUGGAUACAUGGCUUACAAACAUGGGGUGAAAAUAGAAGAUGUGGCAACAGAGGGGGCAGGAUUAGUGUUUAUCAUCUACCCUGAAGCAAUUUCUACACUGCCUGGCUCAACAUUUUGGGCUAUUGUAUUCUUUAUCAUGUUGCUGACUCUGGGCAUUGACAGCUCGAUGGGUGGCAUGGAGGCAGUCAUCACAGGCCUGACAGAUGACUUUAAGAUCCUUAAGAGAAACAGGAAACUCUUCACCUUCGCCACAGCCUUUGGAACCUUCCUGGUUGCUCUGCUCUGCAUUACUAAUGGUGGGAUCUACGUGCUGACCCUGUUAGAUAAGUAUGCAGCAGGGACAUCUAUACUAUUUGGUGUGUUGAUCGAGGCAAUUGGAGUGUCAUGGUUUUACGGUGUGGACCGCUUCAGUGAAGAUAUCGAGCGAAUGAUGGGCUUCAAGCCAGGACUCUACUGGAGACUAUGCUGGAAAUUUGUCAGCCCAGCUUUUCUGCUGUUUGUGGUAAUAGCCAGUACUUUGACAUCGUCAGGCCUUAAGUAUGAUGACUACGUCUUCCCUAACUGGUCUAAUGUAGUAGGCUGGGGUGUGGCCAUGUCCUCCAUGCUGUUUGUCCCAUUCUACGCCAUAUAUAAAUUCUGCAGCGUACAAGGAACAUUCAAAGAGAGGAUAGCCUAUUGCAUCACUCCAGAACAUGAACAUCAUUUGGUGGCUGAGGGAAAUAUACGGCAGUUCACACUCAGGCACUGGUUGGCCAUCUGAUGACAAAUACCCAGAAUUCCCUCGUCCAUCCUCACAUCUGGUGUUUGGAGUUCCUGUGUGCCACCAGUGGUCGGACAGACAAGGAAAGCAACAGGCUCCAACCUCUCUCAGCAGCCUCCCUCUUCUCCCUGUGCAUUUACUACCCAAGGCCUUUGUUGUCAACAAUAGCUUCAAGCACUUUGAUUUCAGAGUUAUACCUGUUAACAUUUUGAAACCAUUCAACAGCUUGAGCUCAUAAGGGACGGGUACCCCAUGGGGAAAAUGUACUGUUAUUUGCCCAUGGACAUCAUUACAGUUUUUAUAUACUAUUUUAAGUAAUCAAAACUUUCAUUAUGAUUUUGUAUAGUUUGUCAUGUGACUAAUAUCUCCUGGAAGGGACAGAAAGUGAAAUUAAAAGCAAAACAAUCCAAUUUCCCCAUGUAUUACUAUACAGGGGACCCAAAGUUUUAAAUGUUUGAAAUUUUGUUAGGACUAUGAUUAUUUAUUAUUACGUUAAUAUUGGAAGAAAGUCUAUUUUUGCCAUUCUGAUGGCAAGAGUGGCUUAUCUGUGUCAGUGCCUUAUCAAGCGAGACACUCCAUGUUUCUUACAGUCCGUACAGGAAGAAAUGAAAUAAACUGUGUUGACUCAGGAACCCACCAAAUCAAACCACAGUUUGUGGAUGGCAAUCUCUCGAUUUGACCCAGUCCUUUGACAAUGAAGUCAGACAGCUGAAGGCCAACAGUGCAUUCAGGCCAAGCUCCUUAAGAAAGAGAAAACAGGCCUGAUGUAAUGCUUUUGUGUCACAUUUUGUUACAGAAAAGGGAAUAAUGCAUGUAUCACUCCAGAGCUUUAAAAUAACUGAGGCAGGCUACAUUUACCUCUCAUGCUUUGAAAGGCCAGACUCACAACCACAGUGUUUCCCCUAUAUGCAUUCAACAGCGGUGCAGUGCCGCUGAAAAAUGAUUAGCACUGCUCCUACAUAAAAAUCUUCCCAUACGCAAUAAACUCGCUAUCUCUACUUUAAGCAGUCAGAGUUGGGGACGAGCGAGGAUUAUAAAUCAAACACUCUUAGACAUUGGCACCAUUUAGCAGUCUGUUAUUAGUCAUUCAAAAACACAGUUGGCGGCAACGAAGGCUCCGCUGGUCUCGCUACAUACCUAUUACAACAAAGUUCAGUGAAGACUUAGAGAUGACGUGGAACAGCUCGAAGGUAGGCCACUCUGCUUUAUCAAAGGGGGUACCGUCUUUGUCUUUAUGGAAAGUCUGUUAUUUAGCUAACUCAACGGCGUGACAUUCACUAGGAUCUGGGGGGACAUGUCUUCGAAAUCCUGUUUUUGUCCUCCCCACUUUUUUUAAUCCAGCAAAAUGCUGUGGUAGCUCUCUAGCAUCCAAUGUUCUAACGUUGGGUCCCCUUGAUUAGACUACUACCCCGGUGUAUGUCACCGGAUCACCAAUGUGCUUAUUUUACAAUAAUUUGAUGGCACCGGCAAAAUUGUAUGCUUUUCUUUAAAAGAAAAAAAGAAAACAUUAGUUGGUUGAUGAAAAGGGAGUAAAAAAGGCAUGUUAACUAGCUAACACAUUCAUUUACAGUAUGUGACUUAUAUAUAAAUAUAUAUACAUAUAUUUUUUCAUAAUUUGCUACAUUUCUUAUAUGUUGUGAUUGAAGUUGCAAAUGGAACAUUAUCUGUUGAUAGUGCCAGAAAUAAUGUGCCACAGUCCUAUUCUUCAAAGUACAGCUUAUAUCCCUAAUUGAAAACCAUGUAGAAAUGCAGAAAAUAAUAUUCAAAUCCUUUUUUUUUUCUGAGGGAAGACCCCCAGACCCGUUUUAUUGUGUCCCCCCGACUUUUCAAACCAAUGUUACGCUCUUGAGCUAACUGCAUAGUCAGAGAGAACAUAGGCUAUAUAUCAAAAGGAUCAGAUGUCUUAAGGACCACUAAACUAUAUUAUCCGAAAAUAUUAAAUUCCACACUGUGCCAACUCACACACACUGAAAGCGAUGAAUUCGGCAUAACUUUACAUCAGUUCGCUGUUAAAAUGUCCCACUUGUGGGCGUAUUGGGGGUGGUCCUGGGGUAGAAACGUCAGUAGCAAAUAUCGGAUCAAAUUCAUGGUUCAUUAAUAAAUGUAACGUUCUAUGCCUAGAUGGUGUAAGCUAUGUUUUCUGUUAUGUUUUGAUUAGCUAAACUGAGCAUUUUACUAAACGUAAUCUGACAUCUACAACUGUGUACAAUAUGUGUACACAAAACACAGCGGAUGUGCUAAAUAUCUUCCGGCAGUGCAAAAUAAAACUCACGCACUUCAGCACCGCUGCUGGAAAAAAUCCUAGGGGAAACACUGCAACCAGGCCUUAAUCUCAAAGAAAGGCUGCUUACUGAAGGUGAAAAAUUCAGCAAAACAAAUGGCAUAACUGUUAGUUUUGUAUUAUUGUUGUGUGACUUUUCCUUAACACAUUUUUGUCUGUUUAGUGCUUCUGAGGAAUAUCUGUGGCUUUUCCUCCAAAGAGACAGCGAGAGAAAGAGAUCGUGUGUGUGUGUGUGUGUACUGGGAUUUUAUUUCCAACCAUACAGUAUGCUGUUAGUGUACAGUACAUAGAGGAGUGACAAUUGUCAAAUGCCUCUUUCACUGCAGUGUAUAUUAACUAUUAUGUUAAAUGCAUGAUAACAACUCAUAUAUUUUCAUUUGAACCAUAUCUUGUGAUGUUCCACUUUUUCAUCACCAUAGAAGUGCCAAUAUGUUUCUUUAGGAAUGUUUUUGAUUAUCUUAUUCUGUUUCUCUUUUUUAUUUAUUGUAAUGAAGUUGAAUUUUAACGUUGAAUCAUAACAGACCCUUACUGAAAGGAAUAAAGCCACAAAGAAAAAAUCAAAUAUAUGUGGAAUAUAUAUGAAGAUAAAUAAAUAUAUUCUUUUGUUAUAUCUAAUCUUGUAUUUAUCAAAUUGUUUAUAACAAAACGUGAAUGUAAAGUAUUUUAAGCGUAACUGUCCACAGUCAUAACAUGGUGUUCGAUGUAUAGCUAAGAUGAACUAUUUAGAAAUAUUCUUCAGUGUAACCCUGGGCUACCUUUUCACAUAAGAAUGUGGACAAAUACACCCUGGCUUUCCUGGACUAUGUUUACAAAAAUACUGUCUACAAUACCAAUGUCCUGUUGAACGUGAGUGACAAUUAUCUAUGAAGAAGUCUGAAGUAUUCACACUAUGGUAAUAAAGUUAAAUUUCUUCUACUCA